GAUGGGCUGCUUUGACUGUUACUAAGACUGUGGUUAAUAGUUACUGUGUUUUAUGAUUACUUAACUAUAGUUAAUUCUAGCCUUGGUUAUUGCAAAACAAAUAUAUUCACUGGUCCAGAAAAGCGACUUUGAUGAAACAUUUAACUGCACCAAGGAGGUCGAAGCAUCGAAGGAUUUUUAUAGCCCCGACUUUUAUUGCGACUUAGAUAUACGAGUCACUGCGUUAAUCUUGCUGUGUAAAAUGUGUGGUAGGGCAACAAUAUGUUGUCGGCAAACGUGCACCAUUGAAAGAAAUCCACAUCGUUUAUGUAACUUAAGUUUUAAUAUAUGCGUGCCGCGCACACGACAGGUACUCCCGGUAAAUAUUUACAUAUACAAAGCUCAACCUAUAUCAUUUACGAGAUUCGGUUAUUAACGUUUUAUAAAAAACGAUCUAUUUUCUGUUGUCAUAACAGGCCAGACAUUUUGCAUUAUACAAAAAAGUAACACUUUCUGUCGCAGUCAGAUGAUGUUGGCGCCAUCGGAGCCAAUUGGGGAAUUUUACGUCGUCAAUCUGCGUCUCUGACCCGCUACAUCGGAAGCUUUUUCAGAGGCGGCGGAAGAUCACGAAGAUGGCGGCGGUGUCCACGCUUUCGAUGCAGGACGGUAGCCCAGCAAGAGAACUUGGUAUUCAGACUGGUAGUGCCCUAGCAGUCGGAGAUAGAAUAAAAGUAGAGGAGGGAACAGAAGCAGAGAAGCAGAGUCGGGUGAAUGCCCUGCUGGAAAGGCUCCAUGCUAAAUACAAUACUGCACGCCCAUGGCAGGAAACCAGCAAGGUGGUUCGGCAGGCCAUGGAGAAGCGUGGGGUGAUGAAUGCUGCUGGACAUCAGCUGCUUCUCACAUGCCUAGAGACGCUGCAGCGUGCACUGAAAGUGAUCUCCCUACCCUCCAUGACAGACCGUCUUGAGUCCAUUGCUAGACAGAAUGGGCUAGGCUCUCACCUCAGCCCCUCUGGGACGGAGUGCUACAUCACAUCAGACAUGUUUUACGUCGAGGUGCAGCUAGAUACGGGAGGACAGCUGGUAGAUGUCAAGGUGGCGCAUCAUGGAGAGAAUCCUGCGAGUUGCCCAGAGCUUGUCCUACACCUUCGAGAUAAGAACUUUGAGGAAUUCUCCAAACACCUCAAGGGUCUGGUCAACUUGUAUAAACUCCCUGGAGACAACAAGCUUAAGACAAAGAUGUAUCUGACCCUGCAGUCCCUGGAGCUGGACCUCACAAAGAUGAUGCACAUGUUCAGGUUGGCCACAAAUGCCAACACUCUGGACACCAUCCUUUAUGGAAGCGUCGGUCUCCUGACAGCUCGCAGUGGAGGUCACCUGUUGUCAUUACAAUGCUAUGUGUCACCAUACGAUGUCUUCGAGGAAGGGACGAGAGCUCUGCUGAAUUUCACUGAUUCCAAUGUGCCUCGCUCCCUGGGCAUCAGCGUGUCAGUGACAGUGGAAGGCACUUCCUCAGUGUACAAGCUGCCCAUUGCCCCCCUGAUCACUGGAUCCCACCCUGUGGACAACAAAGGAACUCCUUCAUUUUCUGCCGUUACCAACUCAAACUCUGUGGACCUACCAGCCUGCUUCUUCCUGAAGAUCAAUCGGCCCACUCCCUGCUCGCUGUCGUUCAUACAACGCAUGGACACCAUCACAGGCAUCUCUGUGUUUGAAACCCCUCCGGCCCUGGCUCCGCUGUAUGAGCUCAUUGUGCAGAGCCAGCUCCAGGAUGAGGGUGUGGGCCCUUUGCCAAGCCAUGCACACACCAUGCGCUUCUACGCGUCUCUACCCGGCCAGCAGCACUGUUAUUUCCUGAACUGUGACGCACCAGUCCAGGAUGGGUGCUGCCUGCAGGGGGCACUGGUGUCUAAGAUUCCCUUCCGACACCCUGCACAGGUGCCAGCACUGCUGGAUGUCAUCCGACACCAGGCUGCGUACAACACACUCAUUGCUAGCUGUGUCAAGAAGACACUUAUCAAAGACGCAUUUUUGAGUCAUUUGCCGUUCAAUCUGAAUAUCAUCCAAGCGAGGAUACACAAGUGGCGAAGGCUUAAAAUGCCCCACAAUUUUUCUCCCACUGAUACACCGGGGCUGCUGCAGUUUGAGGUCUGUCCGCUGACGGACUCCAGCUUUAGUGUAUCCUUUCAGCACCCUGUUAACGAGUCUCUGGUUUGCGUGGUCAUGGAUGUGACUGACUCGAGGCAGGUAUCCUGUAAGCUGUACAAAGGUGUCUCUGACGCCCUCAUCUGCACAGAUGACUUCAUCACCAAGGUUGUCCAAAGGUGCAUGUCCAUCCCUGUCACCAUGCGAGCCAUCCGGCGCAAAGCAGAGACCAUCCAGGCUGACACCCCCGCCCUGUCCUUGAUCCAGGAGACUUUAGAGGACAUGGUAAAGAAGAAUCUGCCGCCCUGCAGCCCCAGUUAUGGCAUGGGUUCAGGAGGUAGCGGGAGCAACCCCAUGGGCCUAUCAGGGGCCGGAGGAGGGAACACGACUACUGGAGGUGGCAGCACGGGAAGCAGUGCUGGGGGAGGGCCCUCCUUUACAGGCCCAAUCAGCUCACUGUUUGGCAUGAGCAGGGGCACGGGCUCCCUGUCAGAGGGCAUGGGCCAGCAGCAUCAGGUACAGCAGCAGCAGACCGCUCAUGGAGAUGACUUCAGUAAAGUCACUCAGAACCCCAUCCUGACAAGCCUGCUUCAGAUCACAGGCAGCGUGGGCUCCAGUCCCACCCCUCAGCCCCCCUCCUCUGGUCCCCAGCCCCACCAGACCCCACCCCCAACCUCCUCUCCUGCCAGCAACACAAAGAACCACCCCAUGCUCAUGCAUCUGCUGAAGGAUAACCCCUCCCAGGACUUCUCAGCCCUUUACAGUUCUGGACCUCUGGAGAGGCAGAACUCAUCCUCGGAGUCACCUCGCACCGACAGCCUGGGGGGCACUGGGGGAGGCGCCAAGCCAAAGAAGAAGCGAAUGAGGGGGACUGAGAAGAGUGGAGUGUCUGGGGCAGCUAUGGGCAUCAAGCAGCAGCAGCAGGGUGGGCCCAUGCAGCACCACCACCCCACUGAGGAUGACUUCCACCGCGAGCUUUUCUCUAUGGAUGUGGAUGCCACCCAGAACAUGUUUGACGUGAAUCUGCCAGGGGAUGGCCUGGAUACUCCCCACAGCAUAACACCAGCCCCCAGUCAAUGUGGCACCCCCCCUGCAGGGCCCAGCAUGCCAUAUCAUGCCGCAGCCCACACCCAGGCCCAAUCACAACAACAGCCGCCACCUCAGCCACCCCCCGCAGGCCCCAACCUGACCCGUAUGACGCGCCUCUCCAGCUCUGACAGCAUCGGUGCUGACAUCAAUGAGAUCCUUUCGGACCUCCCCGACCAGACCGCGAAAGGAUCGGCGGGUGGCGGGGCCAGCGCUCACGGUCAGCACCAUCUGAGCGGGGAGGACGCAGGUCCGCUGGGCACUCCACUGAGGGACUCCUCUAGUUCGGGCCAGGGCAGUGCUGUCUUUGAGUCUGACUUGUUCAACGCAGGUAGCAAUGAGAACCCAUUCCCAGACGCUGCUGACCUCAUUGCCGAGGCAACCACAGCAGCCACGCCCACCAGUGACUCCUCCUCCACUAACUUCUUCCCAGACACGGUGGACUUCAACCCUGACCUGCUGAGUACCCAGAGUUUCCACCAGUCCUACUUUGGGGACAGCUCCCCCAGUGCAGACGGGGACCUUGACCUGGGCAAGGGCUUUGGGGGCAGCCAGCAGAAUACCCCUAUAGGGACGCCCCAGAACCCAACUCCACAUGGGCGCAGUAGCCCUGACCCCCCCCUCAAGGAUGCCUUUGACAUGAAUGUCGUCUUUGGGGGUGCGGGUGGAGGAGGAAAGCCCCUGCUUGUGCCUGCCCCUGAUCUGGGGGACCCACACUCGGGAGGGGGGCAGAGUCCUCACAUGAUGGGCUUGGGUGGGGGUGGAACUGGUGAAUUUAAGGGUGCUGAUUUGAAGAGCAAGCAACAGCAGAUGAUGCGAGGUAAAGAUGAUGGUGGCUGUGCUGGGAGUUCUGGCCUGGGGGGUGUGGUGGGGGGCCUGUCCGAAGGCAAGCAGGUCAAGCGGAGCCGCACCCCUUCCAGUGAGAGUAAGUCAAAAGAUAAGCCCCCCAAGCGUAAGAAGAUGGACCCUGACAGCAAGUCUCCAUCUCUCAGUGCAGGCAGCCGGCCCUACACCCCACCCAGCGGGGCUGUGGGCUCUGGCGUGCCCAUGAGCAGUGGAGGCUCCAAAUCCCCCGGGAGCUCUGGGAGGUCACAGACUCCUCCAGGAGGCGCCACACCACCUAUCCCCAAAAUUACCAUUCAGAUUCCAAAAUGCACCUUGUCAGGGGGCAAGACCUCCUCCCACGGAGGAUACACAACCAGCAGCUCUGCUGGGGGCAGUGGGGGCAGCAUGGGUGGAAGCAGCAGCAGCAAAAGCCACCACUCUCACUCGUCAUCCUCUUCAUCGUCCUCGUCGGGCAAGGUGAAGAGCAACAAAUCAGAGGGUUCUCUCGGUCAGAGCAGUAGCUCCAAACCAAGCAGCAGCGGGGGGGGCGGGGGGGCUGUAGGCUCCCAGUCAAAGGGCUCCUCGCAGGGGAUCAACGUUGGAAAGCCAGGCUCAUCCCCGAUAACUAAACAUGGGCUAUCUGGCAUGGGGAGCGGGGGGAGCGGGGGAGGAAGUGGCAGCAAAAUGAAACCUCAGGGAGGAAAGCCCCCAGGAUCACUCAUGAACCCAAACAUCAAGCCCAACAUCUCACCGUCGCAUUCUCGCUCUGGCACCUCCGACAAGCUCUCCUCUCCCAUGAAGCUGCAGCAGAGCCAGGUCCCCGUGACGCCACCAUCCUCCAAGGCAAAGUCACCCAUGGGCUCAGGCAGUGGGGGCUCUGGAGGCUCAAAGUCCUCCUCAGGAAGUGGAAUGAGCUCCCAGAAGCAGAUGAGUGGCUCCUCUUCCAGCUCCUCAUCAUCAUCAUCAUCAUCAUCAUCAUCCUCUUCUUCGAGCUCUUCGUCUUCUGGCACCAUGUCAUUUUCUGCAGCUUCGCAGUCACAGUACAGUGGGGCUGGGGGAGGUGGUGGUGGCAGCAGCAGCAGCAACAACAACCCCAAUGCCAAAGGCAAGUCUCCGAGCCGCAACAAAAAGCCUUCCCUCACGGCCGUGAUUGACAAGUUAAAGAGUGUGGGAGGGGGAGGGGUGGGGGCUGAGGAAGGUGGCGAGGGAGGCUGUGGAGGUGGCAGUGGUUCUGGAGGAGGUGCGGGGGUUUCCUCAAAUGUUGGUCCCCCAUCCUCCAAGCAUGGGAUGUCCUCCCAAAGCGCAGAAUACAUGACUAAGCGGGAGAAGAUGGAGAAGGAGGGCAAAUCCAAAGUGCUGGUGUCAGGGAGCUCAGGGGACAAGAAACCGCUGGAUUCAAAAAGUGGGGGUGCUGGAAGCACCGGGGUGGCCAAGAUCAUAAUCAGCAAGCCGGAUGGGGGGUCUCCAAGCAUCAAGGCCAAGGUAACCCUUCAGAAGCCUGGGGAGGGCACUGCUGAUGCUAUGCGCACCCAAUUGCCAGGCCUCAAGGCUUCUCCCCUUUUCAGCGGCUCCACACCCAAGCAUGACCGCUGCUCCCCCAGCCACAGCCGCUCUCCGGGGUACACUCCUCUGAACCCCGACAGCGAGAGUGAGUCUGGCAGCAGCUCUGUGGCCGAGAAGUCACACCAGAACAGCCCCAGCUCAGAUGAUGACCAGGCCUUGCGGCCCCUGCAGACUCCCCACGAGUACAUCAGUUCCACUCCAGUCAGCUCAGGCGAGAAGCACAAGAAACACAAGAAGGAGAAGAAGAAGCAGAAGGAAAGGGAGAGAGAACGGGACCGAGAGCGUGACAAAGAGAAAAAGAAGUCUUCCUCAUCCUGCAGCUCAUCAUCACACCCACUCAAGCCUGAUAGCUGGUCUCGCUCACCCAUCUCGGCACCAGACCCAACACUUUCCAUGCUAGGAUCAGAUCGUCCGGCCCGACCCAGCCCUCCCUAUCUACACACCGAGGAUGAUGACCUCAUGGACUCCGCCCUCACGGGUAACCUGGAACCCUUCAAAUAAGAUGCCUUUUCACCGUGGGACUACAUCAGCUGGAUUGGCACCAAGCUGGCACUUUCUAUCGUGGCGAUGUGGAGAUCAGCUGUGUAGGAAGCUGGCACAAAAGGAGCAGCUUUUUGCUUUAUUUUUAUGAAUAUUAGCUGAUGUAGUUAGCAGUGUUGCCUUACAUCUCUUGGACCAGGGUUCGAGUCUCCACCUUGACUCCAAGUAUGUGGAGUUUGCAUGUUAUCUCCUUGUCAUCAAGGGGUUUCCUCCAGGCACUCCGGUUUUCCCUCACAGUCCAAAAACAUGCCAAGAUUAACUGUAAUUUCCAAAUUGCGCAUAGGUGUGCACGUGUGAGUGAAUAGUGUGUGAGUCCGCCCUGUAGUGAAUUGACAGCCCAAGAUAAUUCCCUGCGUUGCGGCCAUAGGCUCCGUACCCCCCCCCCCCCCCCCCAACCCAGCAUACCACAAGUGGGUGUGGAAAAUGGAUGGACAGAAGUUCCUCAAAGACCAUCGGCAUGCUGGUUUUCAUCGCAGCCAAGUUCCUUUUAAAUGUAAAUGUACACUUUUCUUGAAUAUGGCCAACAGAGGUAAGGUUUGAGAAAGGAAAAAAAAAAAAACAAAUUGACUGAAUUUGUCAUCAUAAUGUAUCAUGCACCAGGGCCUCUCGGCAUACAAUGUCUGAUUUAAUGCCAUUUAAUACCUGCGAGUUGCAUGACUAUCUAAACCCUGCUAUUUUAUUAUGAUCUUUGGGAAAUCAAAUUCCCCCUGGAUAUUCUUUUUAAAACAUUUCCUGUACUCUUUACUGUGGAGCCAAAAAAAACUGCAUCUUUAUUACCGUCACAGAGAUAAGACCCGUGUUACCCAUUUGGAGAAAAAUUGUACAUAGUCUGAAAAUCAAAACUGUGAAUAUUUCAAAUUCACUUAAGUUGUGCCUCUGUUGUCUAAUUUUGAGGUCGAACACAUACUUUGCAACACUAAGUUACAGUAUACUAAAUUUUAUUUCUUUACUUUUGAAAAUAAGGAGCAGGAUCUAAUAUUUUACUUUUUUGUAGCAUGAAGGCCGUGACCCAGUAGGAUAAGCGGUUUGGGAAAUGGAUGGAUGGGUAGCAUGAAGGUUUUCAUUCAGUGGAUAAACUGUACAUUUAGUCUUUUUUUUAUCUGUCUGAAGUUUGCAGAUUUUAUGAUGGUUAUUUUUAAGAAUUUGUUUGGGAAGGUGUUCUGAGAACAGCUGAAGUAUUUUUACACUUCUGUAAUGUCUGUCAAUUUAUGGAGUGUGUUGUAUUACUGAGUUGAAAUUUUAAUUGUACAUUCCCCCCCACACCCACUUCUGUGUCACAUGUUGAAGAUAUCUUUGCUUUUCAAGAAAGUAGAAAGUGGUAUUACCUACUUGAUUAUUGCAAAAAUCAUAAUCAAAAUGAUCAUGAUUAUUUAACACGAUUACUCAUGGACUCAUGGAAAUAUGCAUUUACUGAAUUAAAAAAAAAACUUGUCUUUUUAACAAUGGAUUUCUUUGAAUUAUAUUAUUCAACUGAGAAACAAAAACGGGCUGAAAGGGGGAGCAGCAAAACAAAACAGGCAUCAAUGUGAAAUACAGCACAAUCGUCUUAACGUCAAGAUUAUGUUUUUAUAAUCAUUGGAUGCCGAUAUAACUGAAAUUAAAAUUUGAAUAAUUGCCUAGGGCUA